AUGUCUAUGGAGACUCCAACCGGACUGUAUCAAUUUCCAGUGACUAAGCUGUGCAUGGUGAGUACAGUGGCUGUCGCCUUUGCUGCAUCGGUUGCUAACUGCAAAUACAUAUUCUUAGCGAGGUACGAUCCGUUUAUCUCUGAAUACCGUCAAUAUUCCAGAUAUCUGUUAUUCCAGCUGGGAUGUGUAAACGAGACAGACGUGGCUCUGAUAGUUCUGCUUUGGUACCAGUUUAGAAAUUUAGAGAGAUUUAUGGGGUCUUACAAAUAUAUCAGCGUACUAUUCGUGGCGUUAAUUUACACAACAGUAUCUCUUGCAGGGCUGAAUCUCCUGUUGAAUAUACUUCUACCGGGGAAAAUCUGGAAUAGUCUUUGUACAGGUUCUUUACCUCUCAUACUGGCGAUGUUCCAUUUCUAUAAGGAAUAUACCCCACAAAUUUACGAAUUUGACAUACUACUGACUCAGCCGUGGUCGAAAAGCAUUAAUAAGAAGCAACGCAAGUGGAAAUUGAAUGAUCAGUUCUUAGUGAACGGUUUAGUAGUGAUGUUGCUGUUAAAUCAAGGAUUCGCCGGAAUAGGUUGUGGAUUUAUCAGCUGGAUUUGCGGAAUAUUUUUGGACAAAGGCCUAUUUCCAGGUGUAGAUCGUUGGAGAUUGCCCUUUAUUAAGAAGCUACUUGUUACAGAUGGUAACAGCAACCCAUCUACCGAGGCCCUGGACGGAAGCUCCCAGGAUGAGGAUCGUGACAGGUCCACAGAUGCAGAUGCUGGAGCCGCCCAUGAGAAUGAGUCCUUCCCAGUAGAUGACGAAGCAGGCAAUGACGAGCCGGCACGUCCUUUGGGGGUACAAUUUCUCGAUACCUUCAGAAGAUGA